AUGAAGUCCUCGCCUGCUGCUGCCCUCGCCUGGCUGGCGGCGAGCUGUGGCUCUGUUACAGCAGGCACUAUCGGUGACCACGCAAAGCGACUCGGCGCCGCUCAAGUUGAGACCUCGAAAAGCUUCAGCAUUAUGAACACCGUCAAAAUCUUGACUGCCCUUGCGGCUCUUGUUCUUCAGCCUGCUGACACGACCUCAAAGGUUCAACAACGACAGACGGACCUUGCUUCCUCUCCUCCGUUCUAUCCUUCGCCAUGGAUGGACCCAGAGGCCGACGGCUGGGCAGAUGCCUAUGCCAAGGCUAAAGACUUCGUCUCACAGAUGACCCUUCUCGAAAAGGUCAAUAUCACCACCGGUGUUGGUUGGGAGAGCGAAGUCUGCGUUGGAAAUGUCGGUUCAGUACCCCGUCUUGGCCUUCACAAGAACCUAUGCAUGCAGGAUUCUCCCUUGGGUGUUCGUUUCGCGGAUUGGGUCUCUGCGUUCCCCGCCGGUCUUACUGCGGCAGCCACUUGGGACCGCGAUCUAAUUUACAAGAGAGGCAAUGCCAUGGGCGAAGAGCACAGAGGCAAGGGAAUCGAUGUUCAACUCGGUCCAGUUGCAGGCCCCAUUGGUCGUGCCCCUACUGGAGGGCGGAACUGGGAGGGAUUUAGUCCCGAUCCCUAUCUCACCGGAGUUGGAAUGGCAGAGACGAUCAAGGGCAUCCAGGAUGCUGGUGUGAUUGCUUGUGCAAAGCAUUACAUUGCCAACGAGCAAGAGCAUUUCCGUCAGUCCGGCGAGGCUCAAGGCUACGGCUUCAACAUCAGCGAGUCUUUGUCUUCCAACAUCGACGAUAAGACAAUGCAUGAGCUCUACCUCUGGCCUUUCGCCGAUGCCAACUCAAAGAUGAUGAACGAUAUUCUCAAGAACGAGCUUGGCUUCCAAGGGUUUGUGAUGAGCGAUUGGGGUGCACACCAUACUGGAGUCGGCGCUGCUGUCGCGGGCUUGGACAUGUCAAUGCCUGGUGACACUGCCUUCAGCUCCGGUCUCUCCUUCUGGGGUACUAAUUUGACCCUGGCUGUCUUGAACGGCACGAUGCCCCUGUAUCGUCUUGAUGAUAUGGCAAUGCGGAUUAUGGCCGCAUAUUUCAAGGUCGGUCGGACGAUUGAUGAGCCGUAUCCUAACUUCUCCUCUUGGUCGAGGGAUACCUUUGGCUACGUGCACGCUGGCGCAGAGGAAGGAUAUCAACAGAUAAACUCCCACAUCGACGUGAGAGGGGAGCACGCCGCUCUGAUCCGAGAGGUUGCUGCGAAGGGAACUGUACUGUUGAAGAACACUGGUGCUCUGCCCCUCGACAAGCCCAGAUUCCUGGCGGUCAUUGGUGAAGACGCGGGACCAAACCUGAACGGCCCCAAUGGAUGUUCCGACCGAGGAUGUGACAAUGGAACUUUAUCGAUGGGAUGGGGUUCUGGUACCUCUGACUUCCCGUACCUUGUGACUCCUGACACCGCACUCCAGAAUCAGGCGCUCGCCGACGGAAGUCGUUACGAGAGCAUCCUCGACAACUACGCGACUAGCCAGAUCGAGGCUCUCAUUGUGCAAGCCUAUGCGACACCCAUUGUUUUCGUGAACGCAGACAGCGGCGAGGGGUACAUCAGCGUUGACGGCAAUGAGGGCGACCGAAACAACCUCACGCUGUGGAACAGCGGCGACGAGCUGAUCAAGAACGUGUCCAGCCUGAACAACAAUACUAUCGUGGUCAUCCACAGCGUUGGUCCUACCCUUCUUACUGAAUGGUACGACAACCCCAAUAUCACCGCGAUUCUCUGGGCCGGUCUGCCCGGACAGGAGUCAGGAAACUCAAUUGUCGAUGUCCUCUACGGCAACGUCAACCCUGCUGGCCGCACGCCUUUCACCUGGGGUGCAACACGCGAGAGCUAUGGCACUGAUGUCUUGUACGAGGCAAACAACGGAGAAGGCGCUCCGCAAGACGACUUCACGGAGGGCUCAUUCAUUGACUAUCGCCAUUUUGACAAGACAAACACUACUCCGAUCUACGAAUUCGGCUUUGGAUUGAGCUACACAACUUUCGAAUACGCGAACUUGAACGUUGUCAAGGCCUACGCGGAUCCAUACGUGCCGGCCAACGGGUCUUCUCCCGCAGCCCCCAUCAUCGGAAGCUCCAACUACUCGACAAACUUGGAAGACUAUGCCUUCCCGGCUGACCAGCUAGACUAUGUCACCCGCUACAUCUACCCCUACCUGAACACCACCACCUCGGCCGCCGAAGCGAGCCAGGACCCACACUAUGGUCAGACAGCCGAAGAGUUCCUCCCACCCAACGCGAUCUCGUCCGACCCCAUCCCCUAUGCCCCUGCCGGCGGCGCCCCAGGUGGCAACCCCGGCCUGUACGAAGUUCUGUACACCGUAACCGCGGACAUCACCAACACCGGCUCAGUUGCUGGUGACGAGGUGCCUCAGCUGUACGUCUCCCUGGGCGGGCCGGACGACCCGCCCGUCGUGCUCCGCGGCUUCGCCCGGAUCAGCAUCGAGCCCGGCGCGACAGCCACCUUCAGCGCCGACCUGACACGGCGCGACGUGAGCAACUGGGACACGGUGGCCCAGGACUGGCUGGUGUCGAGCUCCCCCAAGACGGUGUACGUCGGCCGGAGCAGCAGGAAGCUGGACCUGCAGGCGCCUCUGCCUUAG